AUGAAUGAAGCUCACGUCUUGGAGUUCAUGGAGCUCAGAGUUGUGAAGAGACUCAUUGGGCAGGUAACGAGCGUAGUCGAACUUGCUUUCCCUGGAGUGGCGGAUAGAUUCCGCCAUAGUGUGGACUGGCACUACAAGAGGUACGGAAUCAGACCCAUGUUCGGGCUGUUCUGGAACUUCUGCAUAAACGGUAUCCUGCUCGGGCAGAAGAGGAUACACUGCAGACCCCACUCAGACUCAAAGAACAUUGUCGGUGUAUGUGCGCUGGUGAUAUACCAGCUACCCGGAUCACGUUUCGACAACACAAGGAAGUCCUGGAUUGUGCUGUGGGAGGCAGGGGUUGCUAUUCAGCUCCCUCCUUGGGUGAUUUUCGCCUACCCCUCCUCCCUACUCUACCAUUUUAAUAUUGAUGUAGACGACUUCAAAUUUGUUACCAUGGUGGAUGGUGAAACCCCGACGCCGGAGAACUCCCUCCCUCUGGAGCAGGGUGGGGACGAAGGGAGAGGAAGCAUCGUCUUCUUUAACCAGGCGUCUAUGUACGCCGCAUUGGAAUCCGGGUGGGACACCCUCUACGACGCCAGGGAAGCGGGGCACAGCGGCACGUCCGACUAUGGGAGGACUGUUGCAGGCUCCUUUGAGUCCUACGGCCGCUUCAUAGACGCAAGGGAGGGUCGUAGCCCAAGUACUUAG